AUGUUUAAUGAAUUUGAGAUGACGGAUAAUGGAUUGAUAUCCUAUUUUCUUGGCAUUAAAGUGAAGCAGCAACAAGAGGAGAUUUUUAUAUCCCAGAAGAAGUACAUGAAAGAUAUCUUAGAGAAGUUCAAGAUGAAUGAAUGCAACCCUAUGAACGCCCUAGUAGCCAUCAUAAUGAAGCUACCAAGAGAAGGAGACGGAUGUUUCGUGGAUUCAACUCUUUUCAAAAGUCCAGUUGGCGGCUUGAGAUACUUGACGAUCACAAGGCCCGAUAUUACUUAUGGAGUCGGACUUGUGAGUCGCUAUAUGGAGACACCGAAUGAGCCUCAUUGGCUAGCUGCGAAGAGGAUACUAAGGUAUAUCAAAGGCACACUCAACCUGGGUCUCUUCUAUAUAUAUGAUGAAAAUGCACAACUAGUUGGUUACUCAGAUGGUGACUGGGGAGAUGAUCAAGAUGAGAGGAAAAGUACCACAUGCUAUGUCUUUUAUCUUGGGUCAACUGCAUUUUCAUGGACCUCAAAGAAGCAAGGAGUUAUAGCUUUAUCUUCAUGUGAAGCAGCGUAUGUGGCGGCUGCAUCUACAAUAUGUGAAGCAAUUUGGUUGCGAAACAUACUAAAGGAGUUGGAUCAUCCACAAGAAGACUUGACCAUAAUUUUUGUGGACAACAAAUCAGCCAUCUAG